AUGCCGUCGCCGCCGUCCGCAGUAGGAAGUGUCGUGUUCGCUACUGAUGAUGUGGUUGAUGUUGCCGUUGCCAAGUUGUCAUUCAAAGAUGCAGACUCGACGUUAGAUGUUGAGGGCAAGAUUGGCACAGUACUCAACGUUGAAGGGACUAGGGCAGGCGUCAACAACGUUGACGAACUUGUUGCCGAGUCGCUGUUUUGGACAGAGGGCAAUAGUGCGCCUGGAGAUAUGGAAAGAGUCGAGCUCGGGGCAGCCGGGCUGAUGAAAGACGCCCCGAGAGCAUCGCUAUUAAGUAAACUUGAGUCAGGCGCCAAUGAUAUCGACAAACUUUCUGCAGGGCCACCGUUUUGGACAGAUGAUGCGCCUACAGAGAUCGAAAGGGUUUGCUCCAUGCCUGUCGGACUGAUGAAUGACGCUCCAAGUGUAUCAGUGUUCAGCAAGCUUGAAGCAGGCUCCGACGAUGUAAACGAACUGGUUGCAAAGCCGCUGUUUGGAGCCGAGGGUGAUGAUGCGACUGCAGAUUCCGAAGCAAUUGAGCUCGGGGUUAUAGGACUAAUGAAAGAAGCGUCGAGAGCAUCGCUGUUCGGUAAACUUGAAGCAGAUGCGGCGUCUGUGCUUGCAGUGGCCGAGAUACCACUAAUGCUUGACGAGCCAGGCGUGCUCUGA